GUAUAUAACACAAGCACAAGCACAUUUUUAUUAGACCAAUCAUCAUCAUCAUUUUCCAAAUGGCUUCUCUAAACAAACACAUCAAAAUCCAUGAACAAUGCAAAGUUUCUCCUAGUUCUUCUUCAACCCAACUAUCUCUCCCUCUCACAUUUUUUGACUAUAUUUGGCUAAGAUUUCAUCCGGUAGAACGUAUUUUCUUCUACACCCUCCCAAGUUCACACUCACACCCUACUUUUUUCUUCGAAAAUCUUGUUCCAAAACUCAAAUCUUCACUCUCUUUAACUCUACAACACUUCCUCCCUUUAGCUGGUAACAUCGUUUGGCCUUCGGAUUCUCCUAAACCAUUCCUCCAAUUCAAUCCAAAUGAUGACGGAGUUUCCUUGCUCUUAGCACAAUGUGAUGACGAUGAUGUUUCCUUCGAUAAAAUUUUGGAGCACAAUUCACCACAAGAAGCUUCUUUGUCUCGUUCUUUUGUACCUCACUUAGAAUCAUCAGAUUCUUUUGCUUCUAUUAUUUCAAUUCAGAUAACCCUUUUUCCGAAAAAUGGUUUUUCCAUUGGAAUAAGCACACACCAUGCUGUUCUUGAUGGAAAAUCUUCAACCAUGUUCAUCAAAGCAUGGUCUUCUAUAUGUAAAUCUCUUGAAGAAGAAACACAAUCACUAAAUUUAGAGCCUUUAUUAGAACCAUUUUUGGAAAGGGAACUUAUUGAAGAUCCAAAUGAUUUUGAGAAUUCGUUCAUUAAUACUUGGAACAGAAUCUCAUCACAUUUUGAUAAGAGCAGUGUGAAAAGCAUAAAGAUUAUGUCAAGCAUGUUUCAACCAAUCAUUAAGGAUGCGGUUCGAGAAACGUUUGAGCUCACACGUGAAGAUUUGGAGAAAAUAAACAAAAGGGUGUUCUCCAAAUGGAACAAUAUUGAAGAUGGAGCACAAGAAAAAGAACAAGAACAACCUAAGAAAUUGUCAACUUUUGUUCUUACAUGUGCUUAUGUUUCCGUUUGUAUAGCAAAGGCUAUACAACAAUCCGAAAGCGAUAAAAAGCAAAAAUUUUCUAUAGGUUUUCCUGUGGAUUGCAGAUCAAGAUUAGUUCCACCAAUUCCAAAAAAUUAUUGUGGAAAUUGUGUAUCUAAUCAUAUAGUUGAUACUGAGCCAUAUGACUUUACAAAAGAAGAUGGAGUUGUGAUUGUUGCUAAGAAAAUUUAUGGCAAAACACAAGAGAUGGAUAAGGGUUUUCUAGAUGGAAUAGAGACAAUGAUGUAUAAAUAUAUGGCUAUGAUUGGGGAAGGAGUUAAAGGAAUAGGAGUUGCAGGGUCAACAAGGUUUGGAGUAUAUGAGAUUGAUUUUGGUUUUGGAAGGCCUGCAAAAGUGGAGAUUACUUCAAUUGAUAGAGGAUUAACAAUUGGAUUAACAGAAAGUAAGGAUUUGAAAGGUGGUGUUGAGAUUGGACUUGUUCUUGAGAAGCAUGUGAUGGAUUUGUUUCAAGCAAUUUUUCGUGAAGGGUUAUGUUUUGAUUGAUGGGUGAUUUUAUUUUUUUAAUCAACAAGAUUGGACAUUUGGUUUGUAUUUGAAUUUCUUCUAAUUUCAUUUGUUUUGGCAACUUUGUUAUCUUUGAGUAAUUGUAUUGAAUCACAAAAACUAAACUUUGUGAAUUUGAUUGAAUACAUGUGUGAAAGAAUAUGAUUCGCAAA